GGAAAUUUUCUGCCGUUCUUGAAGUUGCGCCUGACGUUUCGGCAAUUUUAAUUGCUCAAUUUGCUGCUGCCGCCAAAUGGAAGACAAAAAGGAAGUUGCAAUUAUCAAGUCGGCCAUCCAGGUUCGUGAGUCGUCGCGGGAUUCCGGAGAAGGUGUGGUGCGACAACGCCACCAAUUUCGUCGGCGCAGAUCGCCACAUGAGAGAGUUCCGAGCCCGUCUGGAGGAGCAGGGGGGCGGUAUCGAAACAUUCGCAUUAAAAAAAGGAUGCGAGUUUGCGUUCAUACCGCCCAGAGCACCGCACUUCGACGGACUAUGGGAGGCAGGUGUGAAGUCUGCAAAGCACCUGUUCCUUCGGACGGUAGGCCAAGACCUCUUGACCGCGGAGGAGCUCGGAACUCUGCUCACCAGCGUGGAGGCCGUGCUCAACUCCAGGCCCCUCGGCGCUCUAAGCAGCGACCCGAACGACGGCGAGGCCCUGACCCCCGGGCAUCUGCUCAUCGGCGGCCCUCUUCUGGCCCCACCAUCAGCGGCGCUCCCGGACCAGAUCAGCCUGACCUGCUUGCGACGAUGGCGAGGUGUCUCGUCUCUCAGGCACAGGUUCUGGCAGCGAUGGUCCCGGGAGUACAUCUCCAGCCUCCAGCAGCGGUCCAAGUGGCACCAGGGGGAGCCCAACCUCGUCGUGGGAGCGCUCGUCGUCUAUCUAGUAUACCCAGCACAACCCAUGGUCAUACCUGUCGAGAUGCUGCACUACAUACUCUCCGACACGGCCAUUCUGACAUAG